AUGAAGUUCUCCUCAGCUAUCGUCUGGGCCGCCGCCGCGGCCGUUGCUUCCGCCUCUCCGCUCGAGCGCCGCGCCGACUUCUGCGGUGACUGGGACAACGUCGUGAACGGGCCCUACACGACCUACAACAACCUGUGGGGAAAGAGCACCUCGGGCGUCUCCGGCUCGCAGUGCACCGGCGUCGACAGCUUCAACAGCAACACCAUCUCCUGGCACACGUCGUGGACCUGGUCCGGUGUCCAGAACCAGGUCAAGUCCUACGCCAACACCGUCGUCGACAUCACCGCCAGGCAGCUCAGCGCCAUCAACAGCAUCAACUCCAUCUGGCGCUGGAGCUACACCGGCAGCAACAUCGUCGCCAACGUUGCCUAUGACCUCUUCACUUCCUCCACCCCCACCGGCAGCGAGGAAUACGAGAUCAUGAUCUGGGUUGGUGCUUUCGGCGGUGCCGGUCCCAUCUCUUCCACCGGCUCUGCCAUUGCCACCGUCACCAUUGCUGGCUCGUCGUGGAAGCUCUACAAGGGCCCCAACGGCCAGAUGACCGUCUUCUCCUUUGUCGCCACCUCCAACGUCAACAACUUCUCCGGCAACCUCAACGACUUCAUCAAGUACCUCACUUCCAGCCAGGGCCUCCCCACCACCCAGUACCUUACCCACAUUGGUGCCGGCACUGAGCCCUUCACUGGCUCCAACGCCAAGCUGACCACCUCUUCCUACACUGUCAGCUUCAGAUAA